ACAGUAUAGCGUGGAUGCUUCUUAAAACUCGAAAUUAUUCUUCCGCUCCAAGCGAGGUGAAUCUCUAGUCCACGUUGUCUGCAGCCGAACAGGAUGCAGAUCUUCGUGAAAACAUUGACGGGGAAGACCAUCACCCUAGAGGUCGAGCCCUCGGACACGAUUGAAAAUGUCAAAGCGAAGAUCCAAGACAAGGAAGGAAUUCCUCCCGACCAGCAGCGCCUGAUUUUUGCUGGCAAGCAAUUGGAAGACGGCCGCACUCUUUCUGAUUACAACAUUCAAAAAGAAUCAACCCUUCACUUGGUGCUCCGCCUCCGAGGUGGCGUCAUUGAGCCCACAUUGAGAAUCUUGGCCAUGCGUUACAACUGCGACAAGAUGAUCUGCCGCAAGUGCUACGCCAGGUUGCAUCCGAGGGCGACCAACUGCCGCAAGAAGAAGUGCGGACACACAAACAAUCUCAGGCCCAAGAAGAAGCUGAAAUAAGUAUAUUUCGGCACGCUUUUCUGUGGCCGCUAUGUCAAGUCAGUAUUGUGCCAUCAACAAAUUCUGGUCAUUUUGAGAGUACUCACAUUGUUACCAAAUAAACAACUUAAAUUAUGCGGAUA